CCUCCUUCCCCGCGGCCUCCGAGGAGCCUCCUUCUCCGCCUUGGGUCCCGGGCGCCCCGGGCAGCCGGAGAGGCCGCCAUGCCGGCGCUGCUGGAGAGGCCGAAGCUGAGCUCGGCCAUGGCCCGCGCCUUGCACCGGCACGUCAUGGUGGAGAGAGAGAGGAAGCGGCAGGAGGAGGAAGAAGUUGACAAGAUGAUGGAGCAGAAGAUGAAGGAGGAACAGGAGAGGCGUCGGAAGAAAGAGAUGGAAGAGCGGAUGUCCCUGGAGGAGACGAAGGAGCAGAUCAUGAAGCUGGAAGAGAAACUGCUUGCCCUACAGGAGGAGAAGCACCAGCUUUUUCUUUAGCUGAAAAAAGUGCUUCACGAGGAAGAGAAACGACGGCGCAAGGAGCAAAGCGACAUGACGACGCUGACGGCAGCCGCUUACCAGCAAGGAAUGGCCGUCCACGCAGGGGCUCACAUUCUCAACAUGCAAGGGAGCCCCGGGGGCCAUAACCGGGCCGGCACCUUGAUAUCCGCCGAUCGAGCCAAGCAGAUGUUUGGACCUCCAGUGAUCACAUCUCGCCACUUUGCCACGCAGCCGACUUUCCCCGCCAGCACGGCAGAGCACGGCCAGUACCAGGGCGGCCAGUCCGGGCACAGCCCUUAUGCCGUGGGGCAGAGCCAGCACACGGUGCCCGUCAGCUACGCCAGCAGCCAGUCGAUCCGAGGGCCUUCUGCUUUCCCCACGAUGCAGUACUUGCCACAGCAGCAGCCCGGCUACACAAUCCACAGCCACUUCCCCACGGCUCAGCCUGGUUUCAUUCCUCCCAGCACAGCCAUCCCUCUGCAGAAACAACUGGAGCACGCGAACCAGCAGUCGGGAUUUACCGAUUCGUCGACCCUGCGUCCGAUGCACCCCCAAGCCUUGCACCCGAACCAGGGCCUCCUACAAGCCCCCCAAAUCCCUGUCCAGAUGCAGACAGCUGCCAAGCCCAGUUUGGCGUACACCCACCCGGCCCGCCCAGCCUCCCCAGGCAGCUUCUCCCACGGAACCGCCCCACAGCAGCCCCACACAUCUGGUUUCCAGGCCUCCCCGCAGCCAACACCUCGGCACCCAUUCAUCCAGCACCCGCAACAGGGCCAGCGCUUCUACCACAAGUGAGCCCCCCGCCCUGCUCUCGUUGCUUCGACCCCCACCCCAGCCUCAGCCCAAGUCCCAGCGCAAAGGAAGAAAAUAUACGUCGGAUGACCAUGUGUGUGGCUUUAUUCCCCCCUUCUCUCUCCGCUGUAAUUUGUGAAAACAGAGAUUGCACUCUAAAUAAAACUUUGUAUAAUUCAA